AUGGAAAUGAAUGACUUUAAAGCUCUAUUAUCGAAAGAGAAGGACGAAAAAAAUACAAUGAUAAACACUGCUGCUGUGCCAUUAAUAUCCAUAACUCAACCUAAUUUGGAAUACGUUCCGCCGGCAUUUGCGAUUGAACCAUCUAGUGACAUUCAUUACGGUUUUGAAAUUAUCAAAAAUGGUACCGUAAUUGAUAGAGUUGAUUUUGAGAGACGGAAAGCCGGAACGUUUGUAAUCAUCGGUCGGUUACCUACUUGUGACAUACAACUAGAGCAUCCUACUAUUUCAAGGCAUCAUUGCAUACUUCAAUAUGGUGAUGAUUUAAUGAAUCGAACUGGUAAAGGAUGGCAUAUUUAUGAUUUAGGUAGUACCCAUGGUACGAAACUAAACAAAAAAAGGAUUCCACCGAAACAGUUCAUCCGAAUACGCGUCGGACAUGUUAUGCAGUUUGGAGGAAGUAGUAGAAUUAUGACUUUAUUUGGCCCAAAUUCGGAUACUGAGGAGGAAUGGGAGUAUUCACCAACGGAAAUGAAGCGGCUGAUCGAGCAAAAGAAACUUUAUGAUAAAAUACAAAGAGAGAAAGAGAAGACAUCAGCAAAUGAAAAAGAGAGUGACGGUAUUAUGUGGGGAAUGGAUUAUGAUGAAGAAUUAGCAUAUGCUCAGGCGCGUGAUGGAGAUGAUAUCCAAGAUAGAGAAGAAAAAUAUCGUGAUGAUCCGCUGAAAGUGUUGUCACGGUUUUUUGAAAAAGAAGGUUUUGAUAUGGAAUUUGCAUAUGAAGAAACAGGGACAGGACAAAACCACAAAUGGAUUUGUUCCAUUGAAUUACCUGUUGAUACAGCAGCUGGCCAGUCCUUAUCUGCAUCGGUGGUGUGCAGUGGAAGCAAAAAAGAAGCACAGGUGUUAUGCGCCUUCAAUGCUUGCAAAACUUUAGAUAUGCAUAAUAUUCUGUUUCGGUCGAAUGAAGCCAGAAGGAGAGCUAAAAACUUAGUUGAUAAUGAUUAUUACGAUUCCGAUGAGGAUACGUAUUUCGACAGGACAGGUCAAAUUGAAACAAAUCGUGAAAAGCGGCGGCAGCGUGCUUUGGAGGCGAAAGGUAAAAUGACAACAGAAGUAGAAACUUUCGAAACUUUAACGAAGAAAAUUGCUUCAACAAGUAAGGAAUUGUGCGAGGUGGAAGCUCAGUUGCUAGCGAUUUCCAAGAAAGGAAAGGAAAAAGAGGAUAACGAAAAGAUUGAUGAUGAUGAUCUCGAUAAAUUCUGCGGACAGCUGGGCUAUAGUGAAAAGGAUAGCAUGGCUGUGAAAAUGGAAAAAUCUGUCUUGCGACAUCGUCUCGUAGCUUUAAAACAUGAAAAGGAACGACUCGAAAAAUUGGCCAAAAUAGCAAAGCCAGUGGAACUGCCAGCACUAAAAACAUCAUCAAAUCAAGAUGGUAAACGUGCUGUGGGUUCUUUGUCGGCAGCGACAAUGAAGAAAUUAAUGAAAAUGCGACAGGUUAAAAGAUUACUUCCGGAAGAGAAAGAACGAAAUGAGCAAUUAGGAAUGGAACUGCCAUCGGACACGUUCAUUAAAGAAACCAUUGAUAGGCUACCUUUUAUAGCAGAAAUUGAAGAUGAUGAAAAAGCUAUUACUGGUUCUGGUAAUGCCUCAUCUAACGUUCAUCAGCAAGAUUUCCCAGUGGAAACUGAUGAUGCUAAUAGGAUGGAAUUCAAUGUUCCAACAACGUCGGCAGUGAUAUCAAACACAGAGGGAACUCUGGCUGAAGAAACUGAAAAGGAUGAAACAGUCAUUGUUUCAUCAGCCGUAGCACAGGAAGUACAACAACAUGCGCAAUGUAUUAUUUCUGAUGAAAAGACAUCGUCUACAAUAAAAGAUGAUAGAUCUUUAAAAAGAAAACGUAUUCGAAUUCGUGAUACGACAGCAUUGAAGCAGCAAAAGAACGGUGAUUAUGGUGAAGGAAUUGCCAACAGAGAUGAGGACUAUAUCAUGUGGAUGCCACCGGAAAAUCAAAAAGGUGAUGGUACAAAUGCACUUAAUUUGAAAUUUGCUGGAAAAUAUUAG